UGGCAUUCCGUGGUUCCGCUGUUGCACCGGCUUCUCUCCCAUCCUCUGCUGCACGCGCUGCUUAUUUUAAUCUAUACAUUGGCCCGCAUGUUUGUCUUGCCCUGGGUCCUGCGACGGUGAGGAUCAGAAGAGCACAUUGUGCAAUCCGAAGUGACGGAUGCGACAUCCGGAGUCACUUCGCUGACGGUCGUGAGCGUCCAUCAGAAAAGGCCCUGCUCUCCCGUGCAGAUGUAGGCUCGGAUCGCGGAGGCUUUCGCUGCAUCGAUAAGGCCAAGGCGCGUCUCAUGAGGAUGAAGCUUUGGAGCACGGAACAUGUUUUCAGCUACCCCUGGGAGACGGUGAUCAAGGCCGCCAUGAGGAAGUACCCUAACCCCAUGAACGCCAACGUGGUCGGGGUGGACGUGCUGGACCGCAGUCUGGAUGCAGAGGGACGCCUGCACAGCCACAGACUCCUCAGCACGGAGUGGGGCCUCCCGGGCAUCGUGCGAGCGAUUCUGGGAACCAACUAUACGCAGACGUACGUGAAGGAGCACUCCAUAGUGGACCCGGAGGGGAAAAAGAUGGAGCUGUACUCAACCAACAUCACGCUCACCAACCUGAUAUCAGUGGACGAGCGGCUUCUUUACAGGCCGCACCCGGACAACCCAGAGGUUACCGUUCUGACCCAGGAGGCCAUCAUCACCGUCAAGGGAGUGAGUCUGAGCAGUUACCUGGAGGGGAUGAUGGCAAGGAGAAUGUCAGCUAACGCCGUCAAGGGUUGGGAUGCUAUUGAGUGGAUUAUUCAGAACUCUGAAAGAGAGAACGUACCUCUGUGUGACAUUUACUAACUCUGGACGGCCGCUUUACCCGCUUCCCACACCUCAUAAAACCAACGAGGACUCUCACCAUCUCGGGAUCCUCUGCAAUCCGUGCUUCCACCGCGAUGCGCCCCAAAGCCCAGACUUGACAGGGCAAAUGCUUCCAAAGCUUAAGGGCUACAGAGCUGGAUCGAGAGGAUCGUCAGUCCCACGUCGGGCGGGCGUCUCUUGAUGCUCCCUCUGUGAGCCACUGUUCUCAUUCAGAGCGAGUGUGGACGGAACAGCACAGUUUUUUAGCUGGGUUCAUGAGGAAGAUGUGGAUGACAUGUUUGGGUUUUGUGAUCAGUACAGUGAAAAGUUACGUUGACUUUGUCUGUGGGCAGCAUUGCCCUUUUUGUAUGGCCUUAAAUGAUGCCUAUUAUUGUUUUGGUAAUCCUUCACGCCUUUACAAGUGAUAUACAUGAUGCCUCCAAAGGUUGGACCUCUCUGGAACCCGCUCCCUUUACCCCCGGAGGAGCAGCGUAGGACUGUUUGUGCACCGCAUGUUUCUUGGUCAAAUGAAUAUUUACAUCAUUUUUGUAUAAUUAUUUAUUUUUAAAGCUCUGUAAAUGAUUCCACGGUUUAUAUUCUCAUGCUAAAAGAGUUCUUUCAUUUGCUUUUUUAAAAGUGUUAUUUUGUUUACUCCAACCGCUGAAACAAUUCAAAGAUAGCAUCAAACAUAGCAACUGUUUGUUGUUCAGGAAGCUCAAUGUUUAAGGACCUUGUGUUACUAUACAGCAGGCCUGCAUAACUAACACAACUAAUCCUUGAGUGGUCUCGAGACACUGAUCGGGGAGGGGAGAGUCCCUCUAUGCAUUUGUUUUCUUCAGUGUUAAAUCAUCCAAGUACUGUUUAUUGUGUGUUCCCCAGAAUGACACCCUCAUGUAUAAAUAUUGCUAGUUGAUCAGAGGCAGGGACAAAAUCACAAGGAGAGGACUGGAUGUCCUGAACUCCUUCCUACGAGUGCUUUUAUAAACUACCAGCAUGCAGUUCAUCAUGCCUCCAAAAGAGAGCACAAUUUUGCUGUUAGCAGGAGGCAGGAGGCCCGAAGAAGCCCGUGUGCGUUUUAUAUAAUAUGAGGAACAGGGUGAUUGAGAAAGAUGCAGCCGUAAGAGCUGAAGACAAAUCAGAACUGAUGAGAGCUAUGUUUUUUUUCCUCUUUAUUCAACAGAACAUAAACCGAACGCAUUGCAUAGCAUGUAGCAUCAUUCCUCACUGACUGAGCAGUGGUCGCCAAAAGUCUGGGUCAAAUUGCACCGUAAUACAAAUAUUGCCUUAAUAAACAAACACCAUCCUCUGGGUGUUAUAAAAUGAAAGUAAAAUGUUUUUUCAACUUUGGUAUAGGAGCCUCAGGUCGUAAUACCACUCUUGCU